UACAAGUACGGUACCUGACUUAAUAUUCAUUCCAUUAAUACCGAUGUUGCCGACCAGUUUGCUUUGGUUUUUACAACAGCCGUGUGCCUAAACCCGACCGACCUCUCUCUCUCUCUCUCUAUCUCUACUUUGAGAAUUCUGAAUUGGGAAUUUAGAGAGAGAAAUCUGAAUUGGAAAUUUAGAGAGAGAAAGAGGGGCCGGAGAAGAGCGACCCAUCUUCACACAAAGAACGCACCACUCUCUAUUCCGUGGCGCUAACAUCCGAAUUUGACACGAUCGCAGCGUGAAAGAAAGGGUUUCUCACGUUUCAGUUGCAGCAAUUAAAGGGCAGCACAGCAUGACCUGACCCCUCCUCUGUCUCUCAUCUUUCCCAUUAUAUAUCUAAUUAUUGUCAUUCAUUUUGGGGAAGAUGUGAAAAGGGGUUUGGAUUUUGGAGGGUGCAGGUGGGUUCGGGUUAGCCGCCAUGGGCUCGGAUAAACGGCUUCGAUAUAACCGGGCAGCUAUGGUGAAGCCCUGCUUCUUCAGUGUCAGAAACACCGUCUUGCUCUUCUUCCUCAUCGUCUUGACUGUGCUCCUCCUUCCACUUUACAAGAUGGAGUACCCCACCCAAAUACGAACUCUUGUGGGUGACAAUCUAAGGCCAACGCCAUGGCAACCCUUUCAUCACCAGCCCCAAAUCCAGGGCGACUCUUGGUGGAGCUACAAACGAGCUGCACAAGUUUGGCAAUGCACCCACCUGAGCUGCCUUUUAACAUGGCCCACUACUCACAAACCACUCAUCGGCUCGACCAGGGCUCAAUGUCCGAACCAAUUCCAGUGGAUCCAUGAGGACUUGAGACCCUGGAGGAGCCAAGGGAUUUCAAGAGAAGUUUUGGAGUCAGGGAAGCCUAGAGCAGCAUUCCGAGCCAUAAUAAAAAACGGGCGCUUGUACAUUGACCUUUACUACUCAUGCGUGCAAACCCGAGCCAUGUUUAGCGUUUGGGGUCUGGUGCAGUUGGUGAAGAGGUAUGGGACGUUGAUCCCAGACGUUGAGUUCAUGUUUGAUUGCAUGGAUAGGCCAGUGAUUGAGCGGUCGCGCUACAAGUGGAAGCUGCCUCCCCCCUUGUUUCGCUAUUGUAGCAACCGUGGCAGCUUUGAUAUUCCCUUUCCUGACUGGUCCUUUUGGGGAUGGGCUGAGACAAAUAUAGCUCCAUGGGAUGAAGAGUUCAGAAGCAUCAAAAGGGGAUCAGAACAAGUCAAGUGGAAAGAUCGUGUGCCCAUGGCUUAUUGGAGGGGGAACACCAGAGUGGGCUCACCAGCUCGUGUUGAACUACUUAAAUGCAGCAAUUCUAAAACAGCCCAAAUACAGGAGCAAAAUUGGGAGGAAGAAGCCCAAAAGAAGUAUGCAAGUUCCAAGCUCUCUGACCAAUGCAAACACAGGUAUAAGGUUUAUGCGGAAGGGUGGGCCUGGUCUGUGAGCUACAAAUACAUUCUAUCAUGUGGGUCUACAGUAAUGACCAUAACUUCACAGUAUUUUGAUUUCUUCACUCGAUGGCUGCUGCCCAAACGCCACAUUUGGCCAAUCAACCCCUCCACUAUAUGCCCCUCUCUUGACUUCGGCGUGAAUUGGGGCAAUGCCAAUCCCAAUCAGUCGGAGAGCAUAGGGAGGAAGAGCCGAGAGAUGAUGGAGAUGAUGAGCAUGAGCACAGUAUACGAUUACAUGUUCCACCUUCUCUCCGAGUACUCCAAGUUGCAGAGAUUCACCCCAACUCCCACACCCACCUCCUACUUUGUGUGUGAGGAUUCCAUACAGUGCCUUGCCAGCCCUAGAGAGAAAUCCUUCCUCAAAAGAUCACUUCAUUCUUAUAUGGAAGAUCAUAAUCCAAUGCCUUGCUCUCUCUCUCCACCGAACGAUACUCUCAUUCGAAAGUGGAUCGAAAUGCAAGAUGAUGGGCUCAGAGAAGUGAGAGAAAUGGAGGAGCAUUCCGCCAUCGACUCCCCACAGAACCGGCCGCACCGUUUGUAGCUGCUCAUGUUGGAAUAGGGCUUCUAUAAGAAGCAAUAUACAGUAUGAUCUAUAGAGAUCAUACUGUAAUGGCCCUCUCUGAGAUUUACUAAAAAGUUGUUUGCUAAGUCAUGUUGGGUUAUUUGGCUUAGUUCUUAAUGGGUGAGGCCUAACUUCUUGUUUAACUUGUUUACUACGGUCUUUGGGUUCAAAUCCGAAAUUAGUGAUAAUUUCAAAGGGGACUGACCCUUUGACACAAGCACUUGGGCACAGGGAAAAAAAAGCAAUAGAGAUAUAAAUUUUUAGAAUGUA